ACACUGAGGUUGGGUUUGUGGUGAAGUGUUGAGUGUGUUCUUGACUUGAGGACGCUUGGGUUCUUGGGUUACUUUAACCCUCUGGGGUCUGAGGAUUUUCGGGGCCCUGGAGAAGUUUUGACAUGCCCUGACAUUUGUGCUUUUUUCAGUUGUUCAUAAACAUAUUAAUGGAAAAAGUGUCAUUACACUGUAUUCAGCACAAACUAGGCUACCAUAAUAUGUGAGGAACAUGUAUGUACAUGUUUGUGUUUUUGAAGGAAUAACAUUUAUGCGUGGUUAUUGAAAAAACAAAAAACUUAAGUCACUGAAAUAAAGCCAAAAAAUAUAUGAAGUUUUUGCUUCAAAAUGAUGUAAAAAUUAUCCUGCAUACUCGUUCAUUUAUAACAAUAUAUUGAUUUAGUUUUUGUAAGACACUUUUUGUCAAGAAACACAGUAUGCGUGGAGGCGUGAAUCAUCAUGAAUAAUGGGUGAUUUACACCCAUUAUUAUUUAUUCAAUAUUUAUUGUCAUCACUGUGAGCGCUGGAUACUGUGUUUUCAAUUCAUACUUGCAGCCGGAGGGCGCUCUGUGCACAUUUAGUCCACAAAUUACUCUAAAGAAGAACAGGACGUUCAGGAACUAACGGCAUGUCUUUCAGAGAUCACUAAUCAUGGCUUUAACAUCAGAAACACUUUUCAAGACAAUAAAUGCACGAUUGAGAUGAUAUAUACAUGUAUUGCCUCAGAAUUUGCGUCUGAAUAGCGCUCCCUCCGUGGGCGUGGCCGCAUUAGCGGAUAAUGAGCUGAAUCACGGACGUCUGACAUGUGUCUCUUUUCAUACAGAUUACAUAAACACAGAAUAUUUGUUUUCGAUUUGACUUACACGAUUUAAAACCUGACAUUUCAACGUUUUUUUAGACAUAAGUCUCAUUUUUGUAUCAUUAGUAUUCACUAAGUUACAGUUCAUUUUCUGAGAACUAUCAGAAUAAACUUCGUUCAGAGGGAGACGAGAGAUCACGCAUCAUGUUAGUUUUCUUUAUUUUGCAAAAAGCACAUCAUUUUGUUUUUACUCUGAGUGUACACAAAUAAAAGAAGAUAUUCCACAAAUUUUAAUGGUGUAUAACUCUUAAUUAUAUGUGCAACAUUGACGGAGUAUUUUGAGUCUCUUUCACACUGGUAAGAAAAAAACCGAGGUGGUAUCGCCGGCGUGACCGCCGACCCGAGGGAGUUAAUAGAAAAGUGCCUACUUUGGGAAUGCCAUGGAUGUAACCAGUACCAUCUUUUAGUUGGCUAACAUGUGUAAAGAAAAGCUAUAAUUAGCUAUGUCCUUCAGAUGAGAAGUUAAACCGAGGUCCUGACCCUCUGUGGUCAUUAAAAAAAUCCCAGGAUGUCCUUCAAAAAAGAGUAGGGGUGUAACCCCGACAUCCUGGCCAAAUUUGCCCAAUGUCCAUCAUGGCCUCCUAAUCAUCCCCAUAUACUGAUUGGCUUCAUCAAUCUGUCUCCUCUCCACCAAUAAGCUGGUGUGUGGUAGGCGUUCUGGCGCAAUAUGGCUGCCGUCGCAUCAUCCAGGUGGAUGCUGCACAUUGGUGGUGGUUGAGGAGAUUCCCCCUUCCAUAUGUAAAGCGCUUUGAGUACCCAGAAAAGCACUAUAUAAAUGUAACAAAUUAUUAUUAUUAUUCCUAUAACACCCGAUGUACUCAUUACAUCAGAAGAAGAAUGGCGUCUACGCUAAUAUUAAUCUCUCUGUUUAUCCCGAGGUCUACCGUAGUCAGUCGGAUCCGGGCCAUAUCCAGAUCAGAUGGAGGACAUGCAUCUGGGGUAGCUGAACUGAGCUGGAUGAUGACAUCACUGUUUUCUCCAGAGCCGAUGUAUAGAUGAAUUAACUAAAUUAAUAACUAAUAAUUUUUUCACAAAGGAAUGAAUCAAUACUGAACUUACUUAAGCUGGACAAUGACACCAUUUUCUUCUGGAGCUGCUGUGCAGCCAAAUUUAUUUGCCAGUUAUCACUGUAAAACUGCUUUGACACAAUCUGCAUUGUUAAAAAGCGCUAUAUAAAUAAAGGUGACUUGAGUUGACUCUUUGGCGGAACUGCAAUCAUUGACAGUGGUUCCACAAGAUGGAAACAUGAAGAAUGAAUUAAACCGAAUUGUGUUAACUGGACUGAACUUAGAUGUUUCCAGACUUAAUUUUCCAAACUUAAUUUAAUCCAGUUCUUCCUACAUGAAGUAUUUGAUUAGAGAUAACACGUUUCCAUCAGGUGGAAUCACUGUCUAUGAUUAAAUCAUGUUCAGACAAAGAGUUUUUUCAAAGAGCUGUGAAUUGCCAUGAGACUGUGUUGGUUGUAACUGUUGCAUUUCUCUUCUUGUUUUUCAUCUUUCCUUUAGUGAUUCUGCAGGUGCCUGUAACUUCCAUACAAUUUUUGUAGGUGAAAGGCUCCCUUAGCAAUGAUUGGUCAACUGACAAGUCUGGAGAUGCCUAUUAUUUGCAUAUGAGGAGUAUAUAGUUCAGUACAUAUGAGGUCAGAGGAAGUCUUUUUACAGUACUGUGUUAGUUUUGCUGUAUUGUGCAGCUCUUCGCCUUUCUGUGAGUACACCAUAGUUACUGAUCCUGAAAUAUUGCAUGUUAUACACAAAAUCUUAGUUUAAUUUGGUAGUUUUUAAAGAUGCAUGUUAAAAUAUAAUUGGUUUUACAGCUUGAAAUAUCUAAUAUGCUCAUAUUUUUGGUCUUGUUUUGCAGGGAUAAAAGUAUAAUGGCAAAAAAUAAUGAAUUAUAAUUGCUUAAGGUCAAAUUGGAGUAAAAGUAUCUAUCAGAGAUUCCCAUAUUGCAAAUUUUUGUUGUAGAGGAAAAUAGCAUAAUGAAAUCAUUACUUACAGCUCUGAAUAAUGUACUGCUUUUCUUCCCAGACAGGAUAAACACAAGAUCAGUGUGUGAACUGACCAUGAAUGAAGAUUUCGCUGAAAACAGGAAUAUUUCUGUUCCGUCUUAUUUCUAUAUCAGUGGUUUUUCUGGUAUACCUCACGUGAGAUACUAUUAUAUGUUCUUGUUUUUUGUCUACAUUAUUACUGUGCUUGGAAACUCCUGCCUCAUGUUUGUUAUCAUUAUAGACAGAAAUCUUCACACUCCUAAAUAUAUCGCUGUCUUUAAUUUAUCAUUGACAGACAUUUGUGAGAGUACCGCUGUGAUCCCUCAGCUACUGGACACAUUUUUGUUUGGGAAUCAGUUGAUCCCAUAUGGAUUGUGUUUGUGUAAUAUGUUCUCUGUCUUUUUAUCUCUUUCAACACAAUCACUAACACUUGCUGUUCUGUCUUUUGACAGAUUCAUAGCCAUUUGUUUACCACUGAGGUAUCAUAUGAUUGUGACCCAUAGAUCAAUGCUUGUUAUAAUUGGAGUCACAUGGGCAGUGGCACUGUUUAUGGUAAUUGCUGCUACAAUUUUCAUCAGUAGUCUUUCUUUCUGCAGAGUUAUUGUCAUCAUAAACAGUUUCUACUGUGAUCAUGGGCCUAUAUAUCGUUCUGCCUGUAGCAAUAAUUUUCCAAGUUAUGUGAUAGGCAGAUUGUACCCGAUAAUGAUUCUCGGGUUUCCGGCAUUUUUUAUUAUCUUUUCAUAUACAUGUAUAGCUGUAACAUUGUUCAGAAUCACAACCCCACAAGACCGUCAAAGAGCCACAAAGACAUGUACUGCUCAUUUAAUAUUAGUGGCCAUAUAUUAUGUACCCAUCACUUUUACAUAUGCACUUUCGUCCAUUAUAAACACUAACACAAGGAUCAUUAAUCUCUCUCUGACCUCUGCGCUUCCUCCAAUGCUUAACCCUAUAAUCUACACAUUCAUGACAGAAGAGUUCAUGGUGUCUGUGAAAAAGCUUCUUAAACGGAGAAUCAUAUUCCCAUCUCCAAAAUAAACCUCUUUAUCUACAUUGUAAUUACAUUAUUACUAUUAGACACUUUUGUGGGUUUUUUUUUUGGAAAUGUUUAGAAUAAUGUAUGCUUCUAUAAUAUCACAGGUUCUAUAAAAAGCCAGACAACAGGUAUCAUGACCUCAUUAACAAAUUUUGAAACCACUAACAAACUACUGUAAUGUAUUUUUUUUUUAAAGCCACAAUUUACAUUAUAAAAAAGAGAAAAAAAAACAAAACAAUAAAACAAAUAAUGUGAAGGUUAAAUCAUUGUUCCUUUAGUGUGUAUUUCUUUUGUUCUGACAUACAUUGAAGGUAUGCACUGUGGCCAAGUAGCAAAAAAACAAGAGACAAAUAUAGCUGCAAGCAGCGAUGGCGGGCCCAAGCUCAGUGGCACCGCUGACCUGGUGGCUUCAGGGCAACUGUGCACGGCGGGCAAUGGGCAUUUAAAAUGGGUAAACAGAGAGAGAGAGAGAGAGAGAGAGAGAGUGUGAAAAAUCCACAUUCAAACCAAAAUAGCUGACUUCCGGUUGGUCAGAGCUAAUGACUGUAAAUUAGAAAGUUGUCUGGCUUACUGAGAACAAUAUGUGUACUGAGUUUGGUGACUGUUGGUUAAACUAACCCCCCACUUUUGUCAAAAGGUGGCACUAUAGAGGCACUCCUCCCCACCCAUUUCUAAGGCUUUGCCCAUGUCUACUGGAUGACAAUCCUGACAUGUGUAUUGAGUUUCAUGCAAUUUGAAGCAUGUUAAGAGCCUCAGAAACACCCAAGAAUAUUAUUAAAGUUUGACGUGUUGCCAUGGCAACAAUAUUUAAGAUAUCACAAAUACAUUCACAGGUCUACAUCUGCCAUGUUUUGACAUUAUUGUGAUGAAGUUUGAAGCAAAUCGAGUAAAAAUAAGAGGGUGAUCUCAAAGCAUUUUGAAAGUGACACACUUCCUGCUGCCAGUUGGUGGCACUAUAACUUUGGCUCACAAUAGUCACAUCCAUAUGACCGGACUCCUACAACGAACAUACAGCUGAAGUUUCAUAAAAAUCAAUCAAUGUAUGCAUAAGUUAUAACACACUUCCUGAUUCCCUUUUCUCGCCAUAAAUUCGUUGCCUUGCCACGGCCAAACCGUUCGAGAUAUCAAAA